UAUUGAGCUCACCGGCACAAAUUAGGGCUUAACGGGCGACGCCAGAAAAUCUUCACAUCAUAAAACCCCUCUCUUCCCGCCGGAGCUCAGUAACCGUAGAAUAGCAUAAUGGCGGAGACGAAUAAUCCACCGACAGGCAAUAAUGAAGUCACUCCGAACAUGACGAUCUACAUCAACAAUCUCAACGAGAAAAUCAAGCUCGACGAGCUGAAGAAAUCGCUGCACGCGGUGUUCUCGCAAUUCGGGAAGAUAGUGGAGAUAUUGGCAUUCAAGACUCUGAAGCACAAGGGGCAAGCUUGGGUUGUCUUCGAGGAAGUUCAGUCUGCUACAAAUGCUAUGAGGCAAAUGCAGUCCUUCCCCUUCUAUGAUAAGCCCAUGGUAUGUGAAAAUCUCCCCCUUUAUUUCGAACUCUGGUUGAAUAAUGGAUGGUUUGAUUGAAUAUUGCAGCGUUUCUUGCAUUCAGUUUAAGAUAGGUUUUUUGGUAUUAGUUGUCAAUGGAAGAGUAGGGCCGAGUACAAAUUUGAAGAAUGAGAUCAAUGGCCCAUCAAUUUGUUAGCUUUGGAGUUUGCUUUCUUCUGUAUGAUUUUCAAACUUAUUAUCUUCAGCUAACAUUGUUGUCUCUGUUGCUCCUUGAACUUGUGGAUUUUGAUUCCAUGGAUGGUUAUUCCACAACAAUGUUGUUGCUACUCAGACAUUCCUCGAAGUAAUGUGUCUUUUGUAUGACUAACAUUAUUGUCUCUGUUGUUGUGCAGAGAAUACAAUACGCGAAAACUAAAUCUGAUGUAAUAGCAAAGGCUGAUGGAACUUUUGUUCCACGAGAAAAGCGAAAGAGGCAUGAAGAGAAAGGUAAAAAGAGCAAGAAGGAACAACAUGAUCCAAAUCAAAUGGCAAUGGGUGUCAAUCCAGGUUAUCCUGGAGGCUAUGGCGCAGCACCUCCUUUAUCACAAAUACCAUAUCCUGGUGUGAGAUCUCUGGUCCCUGAGGCACCAGCACCACCAAACAACAUUCUGUUCAUUCAGAACCUUCCGAAUGAGACAACUCCGAUGAUGCUCCAGAUGCUGUUCCAGCAGUACCCUGGUUUUAAGGAGGUGAGAAUGGUCGAAGCCAAACCCGGGAUCGCAUUCAUCGAGUAUGGAGACGAGGCCCAGUCGACUGUGGCAAUGCAAGGGCUGCAGAGCUUCAAGAUACAGCAAAAUCCCAUGCUGAUCACUUAUGCUAAGAAGUAAAAGGGCUGGUGAUCUUCAUUUAAAAAAAUGUCCUUCUCAGUGGAAGAGUAGAAAGAUUGUUCAAGUUGGAACCCUUACAGGAUUGUGGAAUUAAUCCAUGUUUGCGUAGGUUGCAUGGAGACAAUUGAUCGGGAGUAUAAGGGUUGGUGUAGUUUAGAUGAUAGAAUCAACAUCUGGAUUUUGGAGUGAGUAUCUCAUGUAAAAGUAUGAUUGUGUAAUCUUAAUUUUGAUCUUUGUUUUGCAAUUUCCUCUCGCCAUUAUUUAAGCAUAAAGUAUAUUGAUUGUAUGACCAGAAUCUGACUGAUGGAAUUGGAAACA